UGAGUCGCAUCUGGAUCGCGUCUGAGUACUGGGCUUCAGGCAAGGAUUUUAUCCCGAGGAUUUGAAUUGGGCAUUAAUAAAGCCGAUAUGUUGAUAAAUAAAUGUCAUGGAUACAAAUAUUUGUGAUUUAAGAGGCAGUCUAUCUUCCACUGGUUAUGAUUCCACUUGCCUAUUUUAAGGGUAAGUCGAGAUAUGUUCAUAAUUGGGAGUUGUACAUACCUAAGUUCUCUUGAAAAUAUACCGUCUGUGGAUUAUAAGACAGCUCCCAGCUGAAUACCUAAAGAGCGUUAAAAUACGAUUAGGGGUUAUUUUCAGCGAAAAACUGUACAAUUUGGCAGGUAAUGCCAUAAAACGGCAGAUGUAGAAAUAAAGAAAGGUUUUUCCACGACGAUUUUUAUGACUGUAUGGACAUUGCACACCAAUCACUGGCAUAUAAAUUGUUGCCUUAGGCUAAUGGAAAUCAGUUGCAUGCCAACAAUUUCAAGCAACGCAAUAUUGCCUUUCGGAAUAUUAGGCCUUAAAUCAUGUCGAGCACCGAGACGGAGACCAGCCAAAUUUUACAACGCUUUAACAGCCUAAGAAUUGUAGAAGCGAGUGAGGACAGCAAAAGAGAAUGCUUCUCAUCAUUGGUACCAGCUACUCCCAGCUGCGGGGGACAAGGAAAAUUUCAAAUGGAGCCCAAGAAACGACGCAAGAUAAAACUAAAUCGAGUCUACACCUAUGAGACGGGUGCGCACUUUAUCAAGGCUCGCAAGUCUUUGAACUUUUAGUCAACAAAAAUACAACAUAACUAUUCC